AUGACCCCGUCCCACCGACCCUCCCUGCCGGACCACAGCCUCACUGCAGACGCUCACUUCUGGCGGGGCGGGGCGCACGCCAGCGGGGACAGCAGGCAGAAGAACGUCGAAGGAAUAGAAGCCGAGGACUGUCCAGACCCGAAUGAAGGGCGCAUGCCACAGACCCUCCCACGCACGUCGUGGUCAGACGGGUGGGAAAAGCGCCCGUGCCCUGAAUCCGGGGCGGUUACCAUAGCUACCAUAAAAUCGGCGGUCGUGAAGCCAGAGAACGCGCUCGCCUGUGGCGGUGAAGCGGCAGGUGUGGUGGCCGAGUUAACAUUUAUCGUGUCUCUAUUCUGCAAAGUGGACUUUGACGAGGCCGCGCCCGCACUGGGUCUCGCGCCGAGCGCUAAGCUGCACGGGCCACACCUGCGCCACGGCAAGCGCUCGGCAGCCACGUUGGGCACGCACGGCACAGCCCGCUUCCGCCCCCGUGGGAAGUUCUGGGCGCUCGCCGGCCAGGCCGUGAGCGGGCACGGCUGUUUACCUCUGCGGACUCAAGCUGCCGCCUUCUCUGACCCUUGGCACCUGCUGCUGUCCCGGGACCCGGGCCCUCGAGUGCCUGUUUGCAGCCGGCUGGGACUCCGGCUAAGGCACACGUGUGAUGCCUCCUGGCUGCAGCUGGUUGCCACGGCGGCAGUGCCUGCAGGGGGACAGAAGGUGCCGGCUGUCCGCAGACUGCAGGGCACAGGGCUGUGGCCGCCCGGGGACCCGGAGGACGUGGACGUGUCCCAUCGACACCUCCGAAGCUUCCCCAACGCGGCCUGUUCAGCACUUGUCAGCGUUACUGGAAACAAGCCAGGAGCCACAGAAGUGAAGGUUCCAGAAACAGGUAGCUGCAUGGGCCUCAUGCUUCGUGGCUCCCUAGUGGGCGUUUGUGACCACUGCCCCAAAGCUACAGGCAGGGGCAGCACCGCCCUGCCGCCCGGCCUGCGGUGGUGCCCCCGCGGCGCCCUGGCCGUCCUCAUCGCGACCUCGGGGCUGCGGGAAGCCGUCCGGCUGCACCCCUGGGCAUUUGUUUUCCGGGGCCGCCUUCCCGCCACGCCGCCCGAGAACAAUGGUGCCUUUGUGCGGAUGUCGGAGUUUGGAAAAUGUUUGGCUGUCGUUAACGUGGCCUUUUGUGUCCUUACUGUCAUUCCAGGAUGGGAGUCCCAGCUUCUGGAAACAGGAUUCCUGGGAAUCUUCCUGUGCCCUCUUUGGACUCUGUCUCGACUGCCCACAGGGACCCCCCCGUCCCAGAUCGUUCUGUGGGGCUUUCGGUGGCUGAUUUUCAGAAUCAUGCUUGGAGCGGGCCUCAUCAAGAUCCGGGGAGACCGGUGCUGGCGGGACCUCACUUGCAUGGACUUCCACUAUGAGACGCAGCCGGUGCCCAACCCCGUGGCCUACCUCCUGCACCAGUCCCCCUGGUGGGCCCACCGCUUUGAGACGCUCAGCAACCACUUCCUGGAGCUCGUGGUGCCUUUCUUCAUCUUCCUUGGACGGCGGCUGUGCAUCCUCCACGGGGCCUUACAGAUCCUGUUCCAGGUGGUCCUUGUCAUCAGCGGGAACCUGAGCUUCCUGAACUGGCUGACCAUGGUGCCCAGCGUCGCCUGCUUCGAUGACGCCGCUCUGGGGUUCUUGUUCCCCUCCGGGCCUGGGGGCCUCAAGGACCGAGUCCGGAAGAUGCAGGAAGAGGCGGCCCGAGGGGCCCGGCUCACCCUAAGAUAUGGCUGUGUGGUGCGGCAGGCAGUGCACGUGGCACUAGGCAUCCUGGUGGCCUGGCUCAGUGUCCCCGUGGUCCUCAACCUGCUGAGUCCCACGCAGGUCAUGAACACCUCCUUCAACUCUCUGAGGAUCGUCAACACAUACGGCGCCUUCGGAAGCAUCACCAAGGAGCGCACGGAGGUCAUCCUGCAGGGCACGGCCAGCCCCAACGCCAGCGCGCCGGACGCUGUGUGGGAGGACUAUGGGUUCAAGUGCAAGCCGGGUGACCCGGGGCGGCGGCCGUGCCUCAUCUCUCCGUACCACUACCGCCUGGACUGGCUCAUGUGGUUCGCGGCCUUCCAGACCUACGAGCACAACGAGUGGAUCAUUCACCUGGCAGGCAAGCUCCUGGCCAACGACAGGGAGGCUCUGUCCCUACUGGCCUUCAACCCUUUCAAGGACAGGGCCCCCCCCAGGUGGGUCCGGGGAGAGCACUACAGGUACAAGUUCAGCCGCCUGGGGGGCCGGCAUGCUGCGGCAGGCAGGUGGUGGGUCCGGAAGAGGAUCGGCCCCUACUUCCCCCCACUCAGCCUGCGAGACCUGGAGGGCUACUUCCAGUCCCGAGACUGGCCGCUCCCGGAGCUGGAGUAGAGGCGGUCCCGGGCCAGUGCGCGGAGGAAUAAAGCAGGAAGGCCCGGCUACCUGGGUGAGGUCUCGUGCGCCCGGGGAACCGCCACCCACUCCCACAGAGGAGGGGGGUCCCAGGGCGACUCGUGCUGGCCUCCAGAGUCCGUCCCUGGGCCGCCACGUCCUCUUCCUUACAGAUGGAGUUCACUGCGGAGAGCCAGCCCCCGGUCCCUUUGCCGGUCACCGGUACCGCCCUGACCCCACCGUGUCCACCAGCACCAGGGCGCUGGGCCCACACAAGCCCCCGGCCCUGGGGCACCCAAACCCCAUCACGUGCCUGGCGGGGCCACAGGGAAGCUGCCACUCCCGACCUGUGCUCUUAGCAGCCCCUGGUGCUGCCC